AAGGGUAUUAUAAAUAUUAGCCUAGUCUCAUUGAUCAUUCAAUUUUGAAUUUCGAUUGUGUGUGAAUUUUAAAGGACAUACAGUAGCAUAAUCUUCGUUAGAUUUUAAAAAUCGUGUUACGUAUUUAUAAGGAGCUAUGUAUGAGACUAGUAAACUAUUAUUGGUAUAUGUAUUAGUAAAUCUAUGUUUGUGCCAGCAGCGCUCAAAUGAUACAGUUGAUUACUUUAAAUUGCUUCAACACGCCCAUCAAACGAAUGAAGGGGCUAGAAAAUAUUCCCGCGAAGAGAACAUUUCACCAACCGAACAUUUGCAUUUGACGAGCAAGCAAAAUGAAGUGAUAGCACGUGCGGAGGAAAUGCUCGCAUCUGGACUGGAUGCGGUAGGCCCGUAUGACGUCAGCGGACAGUGCCUGAACCAUACAAAGCUAUUUAUAGAAGCUUUAACUCGACGAGAGCUUUGGGCUUUUAGAAUGAUCGACGCGAUGGGAAAACCAGAGAGUGACCUUCUAGACUUUCACACAAAAUGGGUAGGUAACUGGGAAGAAUGCCUCUCAGUUCAAGCAAUCGAGUACGUGAAUCCCGUGACCAAGACAGGACCAAGUUACCCUUACACCGGAAAAUAUUGUAUUGCGUCAUUUCCGUUAGGAUCUGCAGCAGAGUUUGGGCAAAUGGCGGCCUUGAUGAUAGGAAUGUGCUAUCCCGACUCCUGCAGCUCCGCAGACGCAACAGCCUUAGCUAAAACACUGGUUAGUUUGAUCCCUGUCAAUGCGACUAUACCAGUAAACGUUAUGUGUAGAGAAAAGUCUUUGGAGUAUUCAAGCAAAGCAAUAGCUGUUAUUGUUAUAUGUUCCCUGUUUGCAGCACUUAUUGUCAUAGCAACAGGCUACGAUAUUUUUGUACAACAGUUUCUUGCAAAUAAACACUCGGGAUACACACUAAUGAAUAAAGGAUCAGAAUAUGGCUCCAUCCAUGAAGUUAAUAAUGGACAUCUUUCAAAUGGUCACGUGACUGUCGUUACGGAAUCAACACCGCUUUACACUGAUGACUUGAAAACCAAUGAUAUAGACCAUUCUAAACAGAAAAUGAAAAAGAAAGCAUUAGAUGGAAAGUAUCAACCAGGAACUUUGGGAAAGUUGCUAUUAUCAUUCUCUGUGUAUUCAAAUGCUCCAAAGAUUUUUAACACCUACCAACCUGCCGGGACAUUGACCAGUGUUAAUGGAAUACGCUUCGUCAGUAUGGCAUGGGUUAUAUUAGGACAUACGUAUGCCUUUGGGCUCACCUUAACAGAUAACGUCGCUACAUACUUUCCACAAGUGAUGAAGAGAUUCACAUUCCAAGCAGUGUCUAACGCCACGGUCUCUGUUGACACAUUUUUCGUUCUGAGUGGGUUACUAGUAUCAUAUCUCUCAUUACGUGAAAUGAAGAAGGUUGGAGGAGCUCGCAGAUUUAAGUGGGGAAUGUUUUACUUUCAUAGAUUCUGGAGGCUGACACCACCAUACAUGCUACUGCUCAUGUUGUAUGUGCCAACAUUUAAAUACUGGGCGGAUGGACCAUUCUGGCCACAGACAGGAGUAGAUGUUGAUGAAUGUAAAGACACGUGGUGGACCAAUUUGUUAUAUAUCAAUAACAUUGUCAGGACUGACAAAAUGUGUAUGGGAUGGAGCUGGUACCUGGCGAACGACAUGCAGUUUUACGUUCUGAGUCCCAUUAUGCUAAUACCUUUAUAUUAUUCGCCGCUGUGGGGUACUAUUUCCUGCCUAUUGCUGAUCUUGGUAAACUUCAUUAGCACGGGCAUACUUUCUAAACAUUACGACAUAAAUGCAAACUUAUUACUAACUCAAGAUGCAACUAGUGCUAUGCAAGAGAUCUACUUCAAACCCUGGGCUCGUAUAGGACCAUAUGUCAUAGGGUUCUUCACGGGCUAUCUUCUAUACAUAACUGAAUGUAAAGUUAAAAUGUCAAAGUUAUUGAAUAUUGUUGGUUGGCUUGUUGCAACAGGAGUUGCUUUGUUGGUUUUGUAUGGCUUAUACACCCCAGACGGCUCUCCGAAACUGGGUGUUGACACAUCAGCGCUGUAUAAUGCCACAUUUCGGACGGCUUGGGGAAUGUGUGUAGCAUGGGUGAUAUUUGCAUGCGCUUCUGGAUAUGGAGGUCCUGUAAAUAAAUUGUUGUCAUGGCGAGCAAUUAUUCCACUGAGUCGACUGACAUAUUGCGCCUACUUGGUACAUCCUCUUGUUUUGUAUACAUAUUAUUCUAGCAGAAGAUCGCUGAUGAGAUGGUAUGACCUGGAACUGAUUUAUCUUUUUCUUGGUCACUUGUGUGUAUCCUAUGCAGCAGCUUUCAUUAUAUCAUUGGCUUUUGAAUCUCCUAUGAUGGGACUGGAAAAGGUCAUGUUGGGGAGGAAAAAGAACAGCUGAUAACCAUUUUAAAACAGAAAGACAUACAGAUUGCAAUAUAACUGAACGUUCAAAUCAUUUGCUGACAAUUUUAUCAAGUGAAAAUUGUAUAUUUUGUUUUGAUACUUUGCUAUACACUUUUCUACAUGUUACAUUUUUACAUGAAUAUUUUUUGUAUAUUUUUAUGAACGGUAUUCGAUAUGAAAAGGAUUAAACUCAGAUAAAUAGCUUCUGUGGUACAAACAUAAGCAAAUGUAACGUUAUAGCUUUUAUGAUUCAUGCAGGAAUGCAUGAUUGUAUAAUAAAUCAUGACGAAUAAACAUUUUGAAUUUUCGUAGACGCAUUGAUGGCUUCCGACUGUGAUAUAUGCAUUUUAUUUUACUUUUCAUACAUUUCUUCACAUUUGCUUUAUUGAAAUAUGUUACACGCUUGUUAAAGAAUGACAAAUAAUAAAUUAGUACA